AUGCCUCCUCUAACAACAGUCUACAAGCAAAUCAACUCCUCCACAAUAACAACAGACGUCUACCUCCCAGAACAUCCACCCUCUCAAUCAAAUAAUGGCCUCUACCCAGUCCUAAUAAACAUCCACGGCGGCGCCUUCAUGCUCGGGCACAGCAGCAUGGUGUCAAUGCCCCAAAUCACCGACUGCCUCGCCCGCGGCUGGAUCGUGCUAUGUCCGAACCACAGACUCUGCCCGGGCAUUGACGUGCGGAGCGGCGCAAUGGCUGAUAUAAGAGACCUGUUGGGCUGGAUAUACGACGGAAGUCUAGAUAAAUUCCUAGAGAAACAGGAACAGGGCGAACAUAAGUAUAAAACUGAUACGGACCGCGUUAUGGCAUUUGGGACGAGCAGCGGUGGGUUCCUGGCUUUGGCUUUGGGCUACGAUACCCCCCGUCCACCACGUGCAAUCUUAAAUUUCUACGGCGCAGUGCACUUCACACAUCCAUUCUGGCACGCUCCCCUCCCGCACGUCAAAUCCAAGCUCCCAGGUGAUGGAUUCGCGCCAGAAUUCCUGCAAAGGGUGUAUACCGAGUUUCCGAUCCCCACGACAAGCGGGAUAUCACUCGAGGGCCAGAGCGAGGGCCAGAGCGCGCCUAAUAAACCAGAUUUCAGCCGUCCCCGGGAUGCAUUUGCGCUGACGCAGAUUGCGAAUGGGACGGUUCUCGAUGCUAUCUUCCCGAGUGCUUGUGGGGAUGUUUGUGAGAUUGACCCUGUUGCUAGGAUUGAAGAGGGGUUCCCACCUACGGCGAUUGUGCAUGGGGAUGCGGAUAGGAUGGUCCCGGUUGAUGUGAGUAGGAAGUUAUUUGAGGUCAUGAAGGAGAAGGGGGUGGAGUGUGAGCUUGUAGAGGUUCCUGGGGAGGACCAUACGUUUGCGAUGGGGAUGGAGGUGGGGAGUAGGGCUUGGGAGGUUUCGAGAAGGGGGUUUGAGUUCUUAGAGAGGGUUAUCUGGGCUUAA